GGUAGUGGGUUUUGUUUUGUAAUUUUGUUUUUGUAGUUUUUAUACCAAUAGUGAGCAAUUUUUAGUAAGUAAUGAAUUGUAAAAAUGUGUUAAUUAUAUACUACGAUAAAUAUUAACCGUUGUUUCCAUAGAAUAUAUACGUUUUGAAGUUUAAUCAUGCCCUACCAAUCUGUGCCCAUGUCUCUCGAUUGUCUUGUUUUAUUUUGAAUAAUAUCUUCGUCAUUUCAAAGUUUUCUUAAUAGUUCUCAUUACACAAGACAGUAUCGGCCGCGGACUUCCACAAUAUGCACACAGGAGAAGAAUGUAGUCCAAAGAAAAAAGAUAAAUCAGAGCCGUCAUCCGAGAGCGAUACUCCCAAGAAGGAUAAGAAACAAGAAUCCGAGGACCCAAAGCCGAGGAUAGUGUUAACCUUUCGUUCGGAUAAGUCAGGUGCAAAAAGUAGCAACAUGAAGAUCGUUUCGACUGAAGAGAAACACGAGGAUGUAACACCUCGUCGGUCAAACAGGGCCCGGAAACCGACCUGGGAGUCCGACGACGACGUCGCAAUAUCACCCAAAAAAGAUAAAACUGAGUCGCAGCAAGCGUCUGAAAACGAUGAAGCCUCGGAUGGCACUCAAAUUGCAAGGAGACCGAAGAGAAGGUGCAAUAUGGGAACUGAGCCUAUAACGAACGCCAUCGCCCGCCGAGAGCAGCUGUGCAAGGAGCCCGCGGCGCCCGCCACUCCCGCCACCCGCCUGUUCAGGCGUAUCAAGCCCACCCCCAAGAUACUAGAAAAUGAGGAGCUCAGAAUUGGCUUGGAGUCGCAAAACAAUGUAAGGCUGGGAAUCACACCGGAAAAAUCCAACGAAGGGGUAAAAACGAGGAGGUCUGCUCACAAUAAAAGUGCUGAUAAUCAGGAGUCUACUAGUCCUGAAACUAAACAUUUGGAUGAAAGUAAGGCAGACAGUAGCAAAAAUGAUAUGAAAAAGUUGAAACAUCUGUGUGAGCUGGGUCUCAAGUCUGUCACACCAAAGAAGUCUGAUGAUGAUUAUGAUAACAGGAAUGCUGAAGGCAAGGAGGAGGAAGAUGAAGAAAUAGAUGACGACACGGAGGUGAUCAGCAAACUGCUUCAAGAGGACUCCUCCAGUGAGCCUGAAUCGGGAGUAUCUGAGAUAGAAUCUAUAGACAAAAAUUCAAAAAGAAACACAGAGAAUGACAGUGAAGAGUCAGAAGAUGAGCCUAAUAUUCCACUGCGGAGAUCAAAGCGGAGUUGUUGCCGGGGGGACCAACGCUCGUCAUAUUAUUUGGCGAAGUGGGCAAACAUGAGCAGUGGCGACGAGUAUGAACCUGCACCGAAGAAGAAAUCAAGACGCACCCUCAGUGAUAAAGCAUCAAACGUCAACAGCACUGCAGAAGAAGAACCAGAAGAAAAGAAUGAACCAGCGGGCGCUGACGAGGGCUCUGCGCCCGCUUCCCCCGCCGCCUCCAACAAGAUUGUCGGCCAAUGUUGCUGCGAAGCCACCAGCAACAUCUAUGCCGCUCCAACAGAUCUGCCAGAUCCGGUGUUCUGCCAGGCGAUCGAGAGUGUGGAGGGUAUGCGUGUGGGGUGCUCUCACGGCGCGGGCCGCGACGCGCGUGGCGAGUUGCUACCCCUGCUCCGCUGCGGGCCGCGCGCGCCGUACUUGCUCGCCUGCCGCCUCCACGCCGCUCAGUUGAGGCAACACAUGUGCUGCCCGCUGUGUGGCCUGUUCUGUACACAGGGCGAGUUCUACCAGUGCUCCGAGGGCCACCUGUUCCACAUAGAGUGCGCGCUGCCCCGCGAGAUGACGGACCAGCGUCACCGCUCGGGCUGCCCGCACUGCGGCGUGCGCUCCUACUACUGGGCGCCCGUCAACACCACCUGUCACCGCGUACGCGUUGACAUGCACGUCGCUAGACCCGUGUACCUGCCUGAUCAGCGGGAGCAGAGCACACCGGCUUUCCUCGGCUUUACAAAACUAGAUCCCGCCAAACUGGACCAUGGGCCGCUCAUACCGGAGGACUUGUUGCCGCCCCUCGUCGACAUUAAACAGAUGUGCGAGACCGCGGAGGGGGGGAAGAGUGUACAGGAGCUGUACGAUGCGAUAGUAGCGGGGGAGAGGCUGGAACAGAUCAUACCUAAACUUGUGGGCGUGGACGUGAAUGAAGUAACGUGUGCGGGCGAGUCGUGUGCGCACGCGGCGGCGAGUGGCGGGCGCGCGGACGUGCUGUACGCGUUGCGCUGCGCCGGCGCCGACCUCGACGCCGCCGACAAGGCCGCGCGCACGCCGCUCAUGCGCGCUAUACAAGCUCUCCUCGAGAAUGAACCAGUGGAGGAGCCCGAGGAGCCUGGUGACGAUGUCCCACACGACAAGGUACAAGAGGGUGGAGAGAAAGAGAAAGACGAUGUGAAAGAGAAGGAAGAUGACAAACACAAGGAGGAGGCGGAAGACAAGGCGGACGUGCGGGAGCAAGACCUCAUGAGGGUCAUUAAGUUCCUGGUCGCGGCGGGAUGCGACGUCAAUGUAGCUGGUCCGGAGGGUAUGUCAGCGUUGCACGUGUCGGCGGGCGCGGGCGGUGCGGCGGUGUGCGCGCUGCUGCUGGGCGCGGGCGCGGCGGUCGACGCGCGCGAUCACGGCGGGUGGACGCCACUCGUGCGCGCCGCAGAGAACGGCCACGCCGCGUGCGUCAAAGUGCUGCUCGGUGCGGGCGCGGACGCCGGCGCGACGGACGGCGAGGGUCACGGCGCGCUGCACUGGUGCGCGCUGGCGGGCCGCGCGCGCUGCCUGCGCCUGCUGCUCGCCGCCGCGCCGCACCUCGCCUCCGCCCCCAACAGACACGCCGACACACCACUACACGUGGCUGCCAGGGAGGGCCACUACGCCUGCGUCAUCAUUCUACUCGCACACGGAGCCAGGACGGACAUGGAGAACUCAGCGGGCGAGCUGGCGGUGGAGGUGUGCGGGGGGCGGUGCCGCGCCGCCAUCUCGCUCAACAUGCAGGUCGCGUGCGCCGCCAAAGGGACGCUGCACAGACAUAAGAUGCUAAGCAGUGACAUAUCAAACGGUCGCGAGCCGUGGGGCGUGGAGUGCGUGAACGAGGUGGACGACGCGACGCUGCCCGCCGACUUCACGUACACCGCGCAGCUCGUCACGCCCGCGCCGCUGCAAGUCGACUGCACGCUCGCCACCAUGCAGGGUUGCGCGUGCGACGAAGGCUUGUGCGACGGCGGCGCGUGUGCGUGCGCGGCGCUCGGCGUGCGGGCUUGGUACGUGCGCGGCCGCCUGCCCGCCGCCUUCCCCUACCACGAUCCGCCGAUGCUGUUCGAGUGUAACAACACAUGCGCGUGUAACAUGAAGCGUUGCGGCAACCGCGUGGUAUCCCGUCUCGCGGCCGCCGGGUCGAUCGGCGCGCGCGUGCAGGUGUUCCGCACGGCGCGGUGCGGGUGGGGGCUGCGCGCACGCACCGCCAUCAAACGCGGCGGCCCCGUCGCGCUGUACACGGGCGAGCUACUCGCGCGCCACGACGCCGACGCCCGCGCCAACGAUCAGUACAUGUUCGCGCUUGACCUCAAGCAGGAUUUACUGCAGCAGGGUGAGGGCGAGGAAGCUGCGGCGGAGGAGGAGGCGUUAUGCGUGGACGCGGCGCGGUGGGGCGGGGCCGCGCGGUUCAUCAACCACUCGUGCGCACCCAACGUCGCGCCCGUACGCGUCUACACGCACACGCGCGACCUCCGCCUGCCCACCGUCGCCUUGUUCGCGCUCCGAGAUAUAUCUGCUAUGGAGGAGAUCACGUUCGAUUAUGGUGAUAAAUUCUGGUCGGUGAAAUCAAAGUUCAUGAAAUGCGAGUGCGAGUCGCCGGAAUGUAGAUAUCCUACAAAGACGGAGGAGGAAACCGCCUGAACUAGCACUCGAGAAAACAUCUUACACGCAUGACGCAUUCAAAUACCACAAAGGUAAUUUGACAGAAACAGGUGCCUUCUUCUUCUUCUUCUUUUGGCGUAAGCCUCCCCAUUUAGGAGU